AUGUCGGUUCUUUUCACGAGUAUUUCAGAGAGCAACCCCGUCAAACCAGACGAUGCUCAAAAAAUCCUUGAUCCCCUUGGUCUGACUAUCGAUCCGGCCGAGGCGCAGGAUUUCCAUACUCUUCUCGCUGCGGUACACGAUUGCGCGGAGGGUGUCGCUGCCCUGCCAGAUUAUCAACCAAUCGCGGAUCAGACAAAGUACCCCCGUGAAAAUGUGCGCCGACCAAAUGCAGAAGAACAAGUCUUCGGACAGGCAUGGGCACACCGGUUUUUGAUCCGGGGUAAUAAGCAAGGGGGACCUCUGGCAGGCAAAUCAGUCAGUUUGAAGGAUGUUAUUGCAGUCGCAGGCGUACCGCAGCUUUUGGGAAGCGAUAUCAUUCCGCCUUGGACUCCGAAUACCGAUGCAACAGUUGUGACUCGGCUUUUGGACGCCGGGGCUGAUAUCCAUGGAACCUCUACUUGUGAGAAUAUGUGUCAUUCCACUUCUUCUUAUACUAGUGCCCAGGGAACGGUGGAGAACCCUCAUGCUGUGGGAUACUCAGCUGGUGGUAGUACCUCUGGAGGUGCGGCUCUUGUUUCAGCGGGCUUGGUGGAUAUUACGAUUGGUGGUGAUCAGGGUGGGAGUAUACGUGUGCCUGCUUCACUGUGCGGAUGCGUUGGUUUGAAACCUACUCACGGACGUGUUCCUUUCACUGGAAUUGCUAGUGGCGAUGCGAUGAACGAUCAUGCAGGCCCGCUUACUCGAACUACCUUGGAGACGGCACAGUGUCUAGACGUGAUCAGUGGCUAUGAUGGUAUCGAUGACAAGUCUCUUGUUAGCCAGAAACCUGGCACCACCAAGUUUGGAGCCACAAUUCAACAGACCCCCGACCGACUUGAUGGCUUCAAGGUCGGAAUUCUGGUUGAAGGCUUCGAACACGACAAGGUGGACCCAAGUGUCAAGAACUUAGUUCUGACUGCAGCGCAGAAGUUCAAAGAUCUGGGCGCAUCUAUCGAAGAAGUAUCUCUUCCAGACCACUAUCAGGGACCCGCUAUCUGGACUAUUCAACAACGCAUUGCUGGAGCACAAACUCUCUUGGGUCAGAAUACUGGCCGACGAGGUCUUUACAUGACUGACAUGGAACGGGCACGCCUUCCAUGGACCGAUGAGGGUUUUCAGCGCGCGUUCCCUUCUACGAAGAACGUGAUGAUUAAUGGUCUAUAUCUGAUGAAACAAUUCCCCGAUCUCUACGGCAAGACGGUCAAUUUUGGACGAUACCUAAGCGAUGAGUACGAGGCCUUGUUUAAGAAGUACGACGUGCUAGUCAUGCCUACUACACCGGUCGUUGCUCCCAAGCAUGGCAAGCGUGAACUCCCACUGGAAUCGUUGAAACCUAGCAUGGGUCUCACGAUUAACACGGCUAUCUUCGACGUGACGGGCCAUCCGGCUCUUUCCAUCCCUGUCGGGUUCGCUCCAGCAAAGGAAGAUAGUCAGGUUAUGUUGCCUGUUGGAAUGCAGAUUGUCGGUGGAUUGUGGCAGGAGGAGAAGAUCCUGCGGGCAGGACAUAUCUGGGAGACGCACUAUGAUUGGAAGAAGAUGCAGUAUACGACGGAUAAGAACUAG